AACGCGAAGCUCGUCCGUCAGUCGCUUGAGUUCGCGAACGGGAUCUUUAUUUAUUUCGUUGUGCAUGUAUUUAUAAAUUCUAGGAAAAGGACCGCGCGACGCUUUUAUUAUCAUUUUAAUCACGGUGCAAUUAAUGAUUGAAUAAUAAUUCUGUCCGGUGAGCCGCCGCUUUCGGGUUCCACGUCCUCGGUAAGAUUUGCGAGUGUAAUUCUCAAACUUCCCACGCCUCGGAUUUGUGCUUGUCAAAGUGUUUUGUGUCCUCCUGCUGCCGAAAGUGCAAUUGCAGUUUGAUUAGAAGUUGUUUUCUAUUGGUGUUUCCUGUGGGCAAUUUGUGAUAAUAGUUCUCUAGCUAUUUUGUGUUCCUGGUUGGUGUCAGUGUCGGGAAGAAAAAAUGGGUAUAAGUUGUCGAAAUCCAGCGUCUUCUGAUGCAAUAUUAUCAAUUGCCUAGAGUGCUGAAAUGCGUGCCCAAAAAAGUGCAUUGCCGAUGUCCCUGAAAAUGACCUCCUCCGUUGCGUUGAGGCUGCGUGAUUAAUGUGUGAUCUGAAGUGAGAAAAGUGCAGCAAAGGUCCCCAUAUAAGUUACGGAAAUGCGAAAAAAAUGUUCUGAAAUGUAGUGUAAUUUUGUUUUUCAAUAUAACCACAUCACAGCUAAUAGGAUUUAACUCCCGCCUUUAUGAUUCCUAUUGGAAUUGACCGAAGGCGUGAAUGUUCCGGAACGUGUUGGCGAGUGAAAUGCCAGCAUAAUUGGGAGUAAAAAGGAAUCCAUGCAACAUUGACAGUGCGGCCUAUAACUGCCGAGCAUUCGUAGACCUUCUAGACUAGUCAAUCGAACUAUCUGUGUAUUGCCGACACACCCUUUGUUCUGACCAAACAAGCGAGCGAUUCUUGGAGUCAGGUGGAACAGACGUUCCUGGUUCCACGGCACGGCACAAAUAAGGCACGCUCCAUUGUUAUGAUAUGAUCCUGAAGAUAAAAUAAAAUAUCGCCUUCGUGCUGCAACCCGUCAUCACAACCAGCAGCAAGUAAAAUUCGUGGAACUGAUCCAACAACUAAUGCAACAGCCGUGGCGCGGAGACAUGCGUCAAGUGAAAGACACUUAAGUAAUGAUAGCAUCGCAGUUGACACCAUUGGGGCUGUGUGAAAGUAAGCUCGUGCGCCGUUGCUGUUGACGGGAGAAGGUAACCUUCCCGACUGACUACGGACUGAGUGUUAUCGAACUAUCGACAGCAGUUUGCUGCUGAUUUACCACGAAUGCGGGACACAGCUCUGGAGGUCAGACCGUUCAGUUAGUUUCUCAACACGGUGCAUAUCAAUUGGAACCAGCAUGGGAAAGCUGAACACCAGCUAUGGAAAUUACUGCUACCAAACUGGCACUAUGUUGGAUCGAGCUGUGACCAAAUAUUGUACAUCUCGAAACGAUUACUCCGAAUCUACCGCCGGUGACGAGGCGUCCCUACAGCUUGGGCGACUAAUUUGCUGCAGAGGAGGAGUUCGACAGAUGCGGUACGACUAUGAAGAUGACAACUUGGGGCGGGUAGAGGACAUGUCCGGUAGAGAUGGGACGAAGUGUGAUCGAGAUGAGCUAGACGAGAGACAUGUCGAGGCGAUUGACGAAAGCCGGCUGGCCUAUCGAGCCGAGGGCAAUUCCAAUAUCGUGCUCGCAUUGAUAGACGAUCAUCAGGUUCUACGGCUGAGGAAAACGACCAUCAGCUGUCCGGGUGGAAAAGAUACUGUCGACCUGGAGCGAUUUGUCAAAUUUUCCAGAGUGAUUGCGAGUUGCUUCUCCCGGCGGUACGUCCCUCAUCCGAAGUUGGGACGCCUGGAUACGUACGACCUGGACGAAUUCAACAAAAAGUUAGCCAAAUUUCGACCAGUAAAUCGGCUGGCCAAGGAAAUUCAAGUUCGUGAUUGCAUUCUGUAUCCCGAUGUGGCGUUUCUACCAGUCACGCUAGACCCGCUGACGUUUCGCAACCAAGAUUUUGGACAGGACACCGUCCGAGGACAUUGGCAGAAUACGUAUUGCGUCGAGAUCAAGCCGAAACAGGGAUGGUGUCUGGACGAUCUGUGCUACGGUGAAGGACUAAUUCGGGAUCAACUGUUUGGCUGCUGGAAUGCUGAUCAGCUGAUCGAUCUCUCGAGCAUGGACAAAUGUCGCUUCUGUUUGUUUCAGUAUUCUAAGCUCCGAAAUAAAAUGAUUGGAAAGAUUAGUAAAUACUGUCCCUUGGAUCUGUUUUCUGGUAAACCAAUCCGAAUGCUCAACGCCAUCAAAGGACUGAUCGGGUCACCGCAGAACAAUUUAAAGCUGUGUAAAAAUGGUCGCAUCGUGUACGACGAACAGCAGGACAAAUCCGUCUUUAACCGUAUCCUGAAAGACAUUUUCCCCCGUGACGGCCGCACUAAAGAAGAGAGAAAAACAGUUUUCAUGAACCUGAUAAAGGAAACCCUGCUGAAAGAUUUCUCCAAUUACGAGGCGGACCAUGAUAGAAAGCUGCUUACCUUACGAAAGGAUAGGAAAAAGAAGGAUAAAAAUCUAAUCCAUCAACGUACCUGCAGUACAAUAAAUUAUCAAUUCCUACCAAGAAACUGCGCUCUUAAACAGAUUCUGGAUAUCCAGCUAUUGGUAAAGUCAACUCUUCCAAAGGUGUACUCGAACCUGUAUCAGCGAGACAUCGGUUCUUCAUCGGCCAGCAAUCCGUUUGCUUACAUUGACGAAUUGUAUGAAAAGUAUUUGGACUAUCUUGACGAGCACUGCGGGCAGCGAUCAUCAACGGACAGAUUGGAUCUGCUCGAUGAUUCCUAUCUGAAUGAACAGGAGCGGUAUCUGCUUGGAGCAAGUGCGUUGGAUUGCUCAAUUAUGAUCACGUUCCGAAGAUUGGCCGCGCGGGAAGAAGAUAGGUUACCGGCAGCAGCCAGGACGCACAUCGUCACCAUCGAGAGGAUGAAGUUUCUUGUCAACGUCACCAUCGCCGAUCUGGAUCCAAAGUCACUCAAACAUUGCAGCAAAUAUGUCCGCCAGUUGCAGGAAUCGAUCGUGCAUUAUCGCGAGUUCAUGUCCAAGUUGAGGCGUUAGGCAACUUUCCAAUCAGGGAAGUUUGCAUCAAAAACUUUUUAUUAAUGUACCACAAUUGUUGUCAUUUAAUUUAAGAGCAUACCAGAAUUAUGUGAUACCCAUAAAAUAAGCGUUUCGCUGUGUAGCCAAUUUUAGAUCAAUUCAAGAUAUUUAUUUCGCAACCCCAGUCUGGGGCAGUCUACAAUAACAUGGUUUGAGAAGCAUAGGUAAAUGUUGAGCAAUACAACUGACUCUUGUUCGGUAUAUGUGCUAAAGUAGCGUGCAGUAUAAAUGUUUUUUAGUAUAUAAUGAACUGCUCGUAUAAGAUAUACAAUAGGUAGGCUUUCCAUUUUUAUACUGGCAAAAAAACUGCUUAAUAUAUUAUAUGCUCAUAUUUAUUGAAAUCUCGA